UUCAGAAUUUCCACUUGGCAGAAGACAAGUUGUUUCAUUCCCUUUAAUUAUAAUUUCUUCAAAUCAUAAAUAUAAAAUUGACCUUACUUUGGAACAACUAGAUGAUGGUAUUGUUCCUUAG